AUGGGAGUGAUUAGUAAAAUUGUGGAAAAGAUGAUAGAGCCCAUCAUAGGCCGCUUGUACGCAUCCAUCGGCCGUCAAUUUGGUUAUUUGCUUCACUGCAAGCAAAACAUUGAGGAAUUUCAUGUUGAAGUUGACAAACUCAGAGAUGCCAUGGAAAUACUCCAGGAAAAGGUCAAUCAAGCCGAAAACAAUGGUGAAGUCGUUGAGAAAAAUGUCUCCAAGUGGCUUGAUAAAGUGCACACCAAAUUGGCGACCAUGGAAGAAGUCAGCAACAGAUUACAACAAGGCACAGAAGAUCUUAAGUGUGUUGAUGUAUGCUCACGCUACCGGUUGGGAAAGGAAGGAAAAAAGAAGAAGAAUAUUGUAACCAAGCUUAUGGAGGAGGGAAAAUUUGACACUGUUGCACAUCGACCUCCUCUAACUGGUAUUUGGCGCUCAAACAGCAUGAAGUACGAGUGUUUUGAAUCCAGAGAGACGGUUUUUAAGCAGAUCAUGGAGGCACUAAAAGAUGAUAGCAAUUACAAGAUUGGGAUACACGGAAUGCCGGGAGUUGGAAAAACGAGAAUGAUGAAAGAAGUUGCCCGACAAGCUGAAAAUGAUAAGCUCUUUGAUGAGAUUGUUCAAGUAGUUGUCACCCAGAAACCAAAUUUAAAAGAAAUUCAACAAAAACUUGCGGAAGUUUUGAAUCAAAAAUUAGAAGAAGACACUGUAGAUGCAAGAAAGGGGCGGCUACACUGUAGACUGAAAAAUGGUAAAAAGAUCCUUGUACUGGUGGAUGACAUUUGGGAUGAUCAAAUUAAGUUGGAGGACAUUGGAAUUCCAGCUACAAAUGAUCAUUUCAGGGGUUGCAAGAUUUUGUUAACCUCUCGGAGUAGAGAUGUGUGCAAAGAGAUGGGUGUUCAGGAAAAAGAUAACUUUCAAAUUGGAGUCUUAUUGGAAGUUGAAGCAUGGUCCCUAUUUAAGAAGAAGGUGGGAGAUUCUUUUGAAACUCAUGAAAUGCGAUCUAUAGCGGAAGAAGUGUGUAGAGAAUGUGCAUGUUUGCCAUUGGCAAUACUUGCAGUUGGUGGAGCACUACAGAAUAAGAGUAAGCAGAUAUGGAAAGAUGCACUAACACAACUAAGAAAUUGUAGGGCAGAUAACAUUGGUGGAUUGCAGGGAAAACUCUAUUCACGCAUAGAGUUGAGCUACAACUAUCUGGAGUCUGUUGAUGCAAAGUCAAUUUUUUUGCUUUGUUGUUUGUUCGGAGAAGAUGCUGAGAUUUUCAUUGAUGAUUUGGUGAUGCAUGGCGUUGGAUUGAGACUUCUCCGAGGCGUGGAUACAAUGGAAGAAGCAAGGAAUAGAGUUCAUGCAAUCGUCGAUACCCUAAAGAUAUCUUCUUUGUUGUUAGAAGGUGGAAGUGAAAACUUCGUGAAAAUGUAUGAUAUCAUUCGAGAUGUUGCCAUUUCGAUUGCAUCAAAAGGGGAAGAUGCCAUGUUUCUAGUGAAAGCCGGUGUUGACAAGUGGCCGGACGAUGAUGAAUACAAAAGAUGCAGAGCAACCUCAUUACGGUUGAACAAGGAUUGUGUGCUUCCCAGUGAUUUAGAAUACCCAAAUGUUGAGUUACUGCCCAUCAAUGAGCUCCUGUCUAAGUCUUUAAUCAGAUUUCAAAUAUCCAUUGGCCAGAAGUUUAGUGUUUUUGACUUUGGUUCCGGAAAUAAUUCGGCGACAGGGAUAUUGAAACUAAUGGGAAUUCCUUUGAAGAGGGAGCUUCACAUUUUGAUGGAGAAAGCUGAAGUGCUCCAUUUACAAAAACUGGAAAUUUUAAAGAAUGUGAGUCAAGACACAGAUGGAGAGGGGUUUCUAGACUUGAAGUAUGUUGGAGUUAGGGAUUGUAAGGGGAUAGAACAUUUAUUUGGCAGACCAAAUUGGAAUUCACAGACCAUCAGAUCAGGUGUGUCUUGUUCUUUUAGUAAAUUAAGUAUUUUAGAAGUAAUAAACUGUCCAUCGAGAUAUCUGUUCUCCGCAGCCGCAGCAAGAGGCCUUCUGCAACUCCAAGAAUUAAGUAUAAGUAAGUGUGAAAUCUUGGAAGAAAUAGUUGGAGAUGAAAUCAUGGAUACAGUUACUUUUCGUCAAUUAAAGAAAAUGGAGUUGUGGGGUCUACCAAAACUGAGAAGCUUCAAUGCCAAUACGAAGAAGACGUCAGCUGAAGAAUGCAAUGUUUCCGGCCUUGCACAACUCUUUAAUGAUAAGGUUAGGUUCCCAGCUUUGGAGGAAUUGGAGAUUAAAAAUUUGGAAAGCCUCACGGCGAUAUGGAACAACCAAUUAUUCCCAAGUCCGGAAGCAAAAGAUUCCUUCCGGCAGCUGAGGCUCAUUCAAGUGUACAAGUGUGAGAAGCUAGUAAAUGUCAUUCCACCCAAUGUACUCCCGUUGUUACAGAACCUUGAAAGUCUCAAAGUUGAUUCAUGUGAUUCAAUUGUAUCUGGAGUUGAAGUGGUUGCAGUUGAAGAAGGUACUGAUGAGAUCACCAUGUUUCCUCGAUUAAAGACUAUGACAGUUGUAAACUUACGAAACCUCAUUAGUUUCUUCUGCAGUGGAGGAUCCAAAGAAGAAGCCAGUGAAAAGUUCCUUGUGUUCCCUCAAUUAAACAAAAUGAAACUUUUUAGGUUGCCAAAAUUCAGUAGUUUCUGCUGCUUCAAAAAUGAAAAUGAAAGCAUACUAAAGGAAAAUUUUCCCCAACGACAAGCUCUCUUCGACCACAAGGUUAAAUUUCCUUGCUUGGAGAAGUUGUUUAUUGAGGGAAUGAACAACUAUAGGUGUCUCAAGCUAUUAAAUGUUGCUUCAACACAAUCACUUACAAGUUUCCAGAACCUAAAAGAGCUCCGUGUGAAAGAGUGCGACUCCCUGCAAGAGGUAUUUAAAGUUGAAGGGUCAAAGGGAGCAGAAGGAACGGUUGCAAGCGAUAAAGCUAUGGGAAAAGAAGUGGAGAACAAUCUUGUGUUCCCUCGAUUAAAUGAAGUGGUCUUUGAAGACCUACCGUCCCUGACAAGCUUUUGUGGGAGGAAUUGCAUUUCUGAAUUGCCAUCCGGAAUAAGAAUAACAAUAGAAUGUUGUCCCAAAUUGAAGAUGUUUCCUUGCCGAUACCUGAACAGUAGUGAACCAUUGCGGAACCUGAAUAUUCUGGAGAUAAAUACAGUGGAUGCCCCCAUACAAACAUUGCCAAAUGAAAUGGUUGAAUUUCCUAUCAUGGAUAGAUUGAUGCUCAGUGAUGAGAGCAUGUCCGAAGGUACUUGCCAUGUCCAUCCCUUUUGCAAAGUAAGAUCCCUGGAGACUUUCACAUUUGGAUACUUAAGCACACCGGAUAUACAAGUAACUAGUGGUUCAACGUCAAGUCGUGUAAGUGACCUUAAUAAUUAUGUGCAGCAAUCUGCCAAAGGAAAGGAACUAGCGGUGGAGGAUAAUGAUGAAGAUGAAGAUGAAAUUCUGCUAAAUCAGUAA